UCGGCGUUGUUAGUGCUCUGUUACAGAUUCCAAGUGCAUUGCUGGCAGUGGUUUGGUGUAAGUUGAAGGUGCCAACCGAUCCGGUAACGGAGACGCUAUUGCUCCGCACUCUCGGAUCGCCUAACCGAUUGUUACUGAAGAUUAUAUCAACAUUUUUGGAAAGCGCAUUGUAAAUUGGACUGGACUUCGAGGAGGCGGAAAACGCCCUCUUGCUGGCUUUCACUUUUGCUCCGUGUUGAGUCACUUCUGUCCCGAUCCUGCCACCUCACUGAAGUGUGUGGCGGUGAAGAUGAAUGCAGUCAGAGCUUGGGAGUUGGGUCCAAAAUAGGUGUUUCUGCACCACAGAACUUCGAUUGCGUGAGAAAUUAAAGUUGAAGGGCCCGACUCCAUAGGCAGUCAAGCAUUACAGCACUGUCACCUGUCUGUCUUGGUCAGGUCUCUGUAACUGAUAGAGUUGAUUAGGACAUCCCAGCUACCAGAGUAAAAAUUCGUCUUCAAAUCUCGGCAACGAAGUUCUUGUCCGUCUCUCUCGGCACCUAUUUUCUUCAGGGCAGCUUAACUUGUACUGCGCAAUAGGAUUUUCAGUGAGCAUGCCCAUUCACUGGGUAAUUGGAUCCGUCGAAUUGCACUCAGGAGGAAGGAAAUGUUACCUUGACUUCAAUGGAAUGGAGUUGGCAUAUACCCAGCUAGGUCCUAUUCUGAUGACCACUUGUAAACUCGAAACGAAAUAUUCUGGAGUCAUGGAUCAGUAAUAUACUUGUUAGAGGCCGUAGAUACUUGCUGAAUAGAAAAGAGCCGUUGGGAAGGAAUGUGAGGCAACAUGCUUUCUCCGCACACUGCGUCUGCAGACUUUUCUGCCUAUUUCUUGAUGACAUGCAUGCUCGACACGACUGCAUUAUAGAGCAGGAAUCCAAUUGCGGAAUGUACUGGUGGUGCUGCCCAUUGACAUUACGGAAUUGAUUCUCGCAAGAACUAUUGAGAUUUUAAGGCUCACCCUGCUCCAAUGUCAGUUUCGAAAGAAGUUCGGGGGUGCCUCGCUUUUGCAGUAUGGUGGGUUUUUGCCGUCUUUCCAGCAGUGCCCUUUCUCCCCAUUGGCAGGACCGCAGGGUCUCUUCUGGGCGCAUGUCUCAUGAUUGUCCUCGAGGUGAUCUCUCCAGAUGAAGCAUUCGAGGCAGUGGAUCUCCCCAUUCUUGGUCUGUUGUUCGGGACUAUGGUUGUGAGUGUACACCUCGAAAGGGCAGAGCUAUUCAAGUAUUUGAGGCACGCACUCUCGUGGAAAACUCGGGGCGGCAAGGAUCUACUCUGCAGGGUAUGUCUGCUAGCUGCUCUGUCAAGCGCAGUGUUCACAAAUGAUACAACAUGUGUUGUAUUAACAGGAUUUGUGCUGGAAAUUUGUAGGCAGAAGAAUCUCCAUCCCAAGCCAUUUCUCCUGGCCCUUGCUUCUAGCUCCAACAUUGGCUCUGCUGCUACGCCAAUUGGAAACCCUCAGAAUCUGGUCAUUGCUAUCCAGAGUGGUAUUAGUUUUGGUCGUUUUUUAACGGGUGUUCUUCCUGGCAUGGUAGUUGGAUUGGUCGUGAACACCUCGAUAUUGCUGCUAGUGUGCGGGCGUUCUCUCAUACGAGAUCCAGGUGGUACUGUGUGCACCCAGAACAAAUCGACUCCUGUACAGGAAAACUCAAGGGGAGAAGCCCUGCAGAAUGUCCCACAAAAUGGCCGUGUAGAAGUUGAACUACGGUGGAUUUCACACUACAAUCCUUCUGAGUCAAACAGUCCAACGAAUGGCGAAAUUACACACGUUUAUAUCGAACAAGGUGAAGUAGUUGGGAGUCCCGUGCAAAAUGCUAAGUCAAUUGUGGAAUCUGAAAUUGCAACAGGGGAAGUGUUCAGAGAAAGACCCGUUGAUGAUAUAGAAGCACAUGCGGCUGCAUCAGGAGUACAAAGUGAUGGCCCAACUCCCCUGAGUAGUGUGAUGUUAUUUGGAAGAAAGUGUGCUGCUAAGACUGGUCGGAGAUGUAAGCGCUUAAGAGCAUUUUGGAUGAAACAUUCGCGAAGAAUAUGGAAAAUAUGUGUCUACUUAGUGACACUUGGGAUGCUGGCUGCUCUUUUAGCCGGGCUCAGUCUUCCUUGGACUGCGAUAACAGCUGCUGUGGUACUGAUGGUGCUUGAUUUUUCAGAUGCCGGACCGAACCUUGCCAAGAGACUACAGUGUUGGAUGAACAGAAGAAAAAAAAAACUUUGCCAGGUAUCGUACUCAUUGUUAGUGUUUUUCUCUGGCAUGUUCAUUGCUACUGCGGGCUUUAACGCGACUAAUGCUCCCGAACAAUUUUGGUCAGCAGUAGAACCACAUGCCCAGAUUUCUACUGCGAGCGGGGUAGCCGUACUCUCUCUGGUUGUUACUGUGCUGUCGAAUGUGGCAUCCAAUGUUCCAACAGUUUUGUUAUUGGGACCAAGGGUGGCAGCCUCUGCUGCAGCUACCCCGGGAGCAAGUUCUGAAAAGGCCUGGUUGAUCUUGGCGUGGGUGAGUACAGUGGCUGGGAACUUGACGUUGGUAGGCUCGGCAGCAAAUCUAAUCGUCUGCGAACAGGCCAGACCAACUCCAUCAGACAAAGCGCUCCGUGAAGAGCGGAUGAAUGAAGGGCCAGCCAAGUACCACCUGUCAUUUUGGAACCAUCUGAAGUUCGGAUUUCCGUCUACUUUGGUAGUCACUGCUGCAGGUUUGGUGCCUUUCAUUCGAAAAUUCUGACCUUUUGGAGCAUUGGUCGUGUGUGUUGGAAUCAACUUCUACGAUGAUUCAGCGUGGAGGAGCACUUCAUGUGGUAAUGUUGUGCACAUUUAUUGGCCGAGAGCUUUACAUUGGUAGAGUCUGCAGCUUAGCUGUAAAAUGUACACAAAUUAGAUCAACAUUACCAUAUUCUGACCUUCUGAUGGAGCACUGGAGUACUGGCUGUAUGUGUUGGAAUCAAGUUCUGACAUGAUUCAGCUUCGCGGAGCACUUCACGUGGUAAUGUUGGUCUAAAUCGUGUACCUUUAAUACUACUUCCUCUUCUUACAAGGCGGACAAUGCCGUUGCCAUCCCUCCUUACUUCAAGGCCGUGUACCCAACGCGAGUACAGAGGCAUCUAUCACUGUGGGUCUACUAUUGUCGAGCGCGCUACGGAAAGGCUUGACCCCCUUCGGUACGCAUCUAACCUUCAAGUACACCUUGCGGAUGGGCUCCAACGCCCUCUUCCGAUCCGCGCUUGCGGAUUUCAAGACCGGUCAGCUUAACGCCGAGGGUCGAUUGGCUGCUGGCUUCGGUGCAGGUGUUUUGGAAGCUGUUGUGAUCGUCACUCCUUUCGAGGUUGUGAAAAUCAAGCUUCAACAACAGAGAGGAUUAGGGCAAGAGUUGCUGAAGUAUAAGGGGCCUGUGCACUGUGCCACCACAAUUGUGCGUGAAGAGGGGUUGAGGGGUCAAGGCUCAUAUUGGCUCCUUUGAGACAUUAUCCAAAGUAGACAUCUACAUGAAAGAGAACCAUGAGUGCAUGCCACCUCACUGGCAGAGACAGAGGAGUUUGGGUGACGCACAACUUGCCAGUAUUGACGGUCGUUAAUCUCAAAUACCACCCCGCCAGAUUCACCCUCAUCUCUCCUCCCCACCAGGCUCCCAAGUGACGCUCCGCUACUGAAUUCAUAGCCCCACGGCUAAAAGUAUCGCCGCUGGAAGUUGGGGGGCAAUAAGAAAAAUCAUGCCGACAAUUCAUUACCCCGCAUCAUUUGGCUCUGGUGGUUGAAAACAACACUUGGAGCACUACACCAUGCAUCUGAUUGGUUUUUUUGUGAUCAUGUGUGUAAAUUGCGUGAAAAAAUAAAUUCUCGGAACUUUACUGAUGAAUCAAUAGGAGUUGCAUGACAGAGAGACAAGAACUGAAGAGAAUAUCUGAAGCUCAGAGUAUAUGUACAUUCUACAAGCUCAGCUAAGGAAAAAUCAGUGAAUUAUAUUAAGAAUUCUUAACACUAAUCCUACAGGUGUAAACCCAGGUGCCACAUGUCAAAAA